CUCAUCUUCAACAGACAUAACUGCUAUCGCGCAGACGUGCGCAUAACUUCGUUGACCGCCAAAUGGUCUUGAGUAACAAUUGACUAUCUUUUGCAAAGUUGAAGGCUGCAUUCAUUAAGUUGCUGAUAUGAGCCGACCCAAGGUUUUCGUCACUAGGCCUGACGUUCCGAAAGAAGGCAUAGAUUUAUUAAGAAAAACGUGUGACGUAGAAAUUUACGACGAGGAGAAACCCAUAUCACGAGAAGCUCUCUUGAAAGGUGUUAAAGGAAAAGAUGGACUGUUCUGCUUGCUAACUGAUCCGAUAGACAAAGAAGUAUUGGACACUGCAGGAUUUUCUUUGCAGCCGCAUUUUUCCCGCUCACUGGCAGAAGAAUAACAGAUAUGAGCGCGAAAAGUUGUGUACAGGCAACAAGCAGUAAUCUAUUUUCUGUAAUCCUUAUCUUUAUUUUGAUCAUCAUAUCGGGUCUGUCAUUAUCUUCAUCCUGUGACCGACGUAUGAACUACAUUCUUAAACGGAUUUUCUUUCCACUUCAAUUAUACCCAGUCUUUUAUAUGUAAGUUUCUGUGACUUAAAUAUUAAAGAAUUACAUACAGAACAAAA